AUGGCGACUUUUGCAGAAAAACUACAAGGGUUGGAGUCCCGACUACAGACCUAUGACCCAGAAACGGCCUUGGCAAGAACACUCAUAGAUGCGGUGGCUACUAAAGACUCGGAAAUGACAGUGGAAGCGUUAAAAUCUCUUGGCGAUCACUACCUAGAAAAUGGCAAAAGUACGAAGGUUAUGGAAGAGUUCGCGAAGGCGGCAAGGAUCUACAAUGCGGCUCUCUUGCGAUGUCCUGGGUGUCAAGAUGUCGCCGAUACGAUACAGCAUCGCAUCCGAUACACGGAGAAAAUGUCGGGUAGCAUAUCGGCCAACCACAAUGACAAUUUCAAACACAGGCCUGAAACAAAAGUGGAAGCUUUAGAGACUAAUGCCGUCACCAACAAUGUCGGAAGAAUUGCUGACAUUUGCCUACAACUAAAGGCGUCUUACAAGAAAGACGAAGGCGUCAUAGACCCUAUUGAAACUGAAAGCUCGUACACCAAAACAUUUUUGAGAGCACUUGCCAAUGGUGACCAGAUACUAGAGGAAGCCUUGAUUCAAGACAUAGGGGAUCUUUACCUCGAUGAAGGAAGAGUCAGAUCAGAGCUAACAAUGUUGAACAAGGCAACCGCCAUGUACGAGGCAGCCAUGACGAUGUGUAUACAGGGGACAGAUAGGUGGGAGACUCUGCAACACCGAGUCAACUAUUCACAUGAAGUUCGAGAGGCUGUCACAAAUGACAAGAGAAAACGUAGUGAAACUACUCUACCGGCUAACGGGGUGAAACAAACGAUCACGGAUGUUCUGUUUGGACCGGAUGUCUCUCAACUUCCUGGUGACCCUGAUACACUGAGUUUUUAUCGACGCCAUGUGUCUGAAGGCGACCGUGCGCUGCGACACGGGGAACUGGACAUCGCCGAGGAGGAGUUCGCGUCUGCACUGAAAGUCGUGAAUGACCUAGAAUCAAAACAGUUCCGGCUUAAAGUUGAGGCUGAGUGUCUUCAGAAGCUGGGACACGUCUAUCUGGAGAGAGGGAAGGUCACAAAGGCUGGGGGCGACUUCACGAAAGCCGCCGCUCUCUUCAAUGCAGUCAUGGCCAGGACGGAAGAUAAGUAUCAGAGAGAAAGGAUUAUGACUGUCUUACGAGACACAGAAAGACUUUUUCUGUAUCAUACAGCUGGGGUUGACACGGUGCCAAGUAAGUAUGACAUAGAUUUGCCCCAUAAAAGGGCCAUAAACGAAAUGCGCGAAACUAUUUUCCAACAGUUCCAAGGUAUGGAUAAAGAAGACAACCCUUACAGAUACGAUAACGACCAUCCUAACGCUAGAGAGGCAGAACUGGUAAGGGCUAAUGCAAUACAGAAUCUAUGUAAGAAAAUAACAGAUGACAGAAAUAACUUGGUUGAGUUGCUCCUUGUCGAAUGUAUGGAGAAAGUUGGGCCUCCGCCAUGCCGGCAUGCGUUCAUUGGUCUCGGAUCACAAGCCACGGAACUGGCGACGCCAUACUCCGACCUCGAAUUCGCGAUUUUGAUAGAAGAAGGGAAAGAUUCCGAUCAAAAUAAGCAAUAUUUUCGAACCCUCACACACUACUUACACAUGAAAGUCAUCAACCUUGGAGAAACUGUAGUGCCAGCUAUGGCUAUAACAUCUCUAAAUGACUUUUGUUCUGAAGACCCUAGUCGCGACUGGUUCUACGAUCGUAACACACCUCGCGGUUUCGCCUUUGACGGGUUCAUGCCAUGGGCGAGCAAAACGCCUCUUGGCAGGGGCCAAACGAAGACCAAGCCACCUCUUGAACUCAUUCAGACCCCCAGUAGAAUGGCCAGUCUCCAAAACGCCGACCUGUCUCUGUCAGACGAUUACAACUUGUCAUGGGUGCUGCAGCACGUUUGCUUCAUGGCAGGUGACAGAGCUUUAGUUGACGACUAUAUCGUCAGGGUGACCAAGCAACAGUGUCACUCAGAAACGAAAAAUACAGUGUCUGUAACAGAAAACAUUCGAAACGUCAAAAAGCCAGAGUUGACCGCACAACUCCUAAACGUAAAGAAGGAAGUCUACCGCCUGCCCACCCUUUCUAUCCAGAACAUCGCGUCCUUCUUCGGGGUAAAGUCAGGCAGUAUAUGGGACAUGAUUGCCGAAUUGAAAACCAAAGGUCACAUCAGUAUGGAGAACGCCCACCACCUGAAGGUAUUGGUAGCUAUUUCAGCAGAACUGAGGCUUAGGGCAUACUUGGCUGCUGACAGUCAACGCGAGAGCGUGUCGACUCUUUCUCAGAUUGUACCAGAAUCCGGCAGUGCCAUAACUUCAAACUCUACAAUAGAGUCAGUCUUGUACCUUCCAAACAGAGCAAUACUGUACAGGUAUUAUUACACGGCCUACCCUCUUCAGAAGCUCGUGUUGAAGGCUGACCAACAGCAGACAUUCUUCCAAUGUGAGAACAUUCUGUUUGACUCAUCGCCAUACGUGAACGGAAUGAUGCACAUGAACGUGUGCGAUUUCAAAUCUGCUCAGGAGGACUUUACAAAAGCAUUAGGUGAUGCUGACAAGUCCAACCCUACAAAACGGAUGGCAGUACUUGCGGCCCUUGCUGAAGUCUCAGGGUAUCUCGGAGAUCAAAACAAAGCCAAAAAGUACUGUCAGCAAGGGUUGGACAUUAUGGGUAAAUGGGACAUUAUCAAAGCAUAA